UCGCAGAGGUCAGUGCAGGCGGACCGCAGAGAGACACUCUGAACUUAUCUUCGGGAGGAUGGAGGUGGAGAACCGACCGAACGGGUUUGAUUUCUCCAAACGGGGUUUUUAUGAAGAGAACUCACUACAGGACGAUACAGAAGAUGUGGGCGAGCAGCGCUGGUGUCUGAUCUGUGGUGACCGGGCGUCCGGGCUUCAUUACGGCAUCAUUUCCUGCGAGGGAUGUAAGGGCUUCUUUAAACGCAGUAUAUGCAACAAGCGCAUCUAUCGCUGCAACAGAGACAAGAACUGCCAGAUGUCACGCAAACAACGAAACCGCUGUCAGUACUGCAGACUGCAGAAAUGCCUGCAGAUGGGAAUGAACCGCAAGGCCAUCAGAGAAGACGGGAUGCCUGGAGGCAGAAACAAAACCAUUGGACCGGUACAGAUCUCGCUGGAAGAGAUCGAACGAAUAAUGUCUGGCCAGGAGUUUAAAGAAGGCGCUGAAUCGGAUACAUGGAGCCCCGGCUACAGUAACCACAGUUCACCUGGCAACAGUAUCUCCGAGGGCGGACAGACCUUAUCUCUCUCCACGCUGUCAACCAGUCGGUCUGUGGAGAUGAACACAUACUCUGUGUACUGUAGAGAUCAAUGCAGCAUUCCACAGCUUUCUCACUCACACACGUUCCUCUUGUGUAAAUAUCCUUUACUGUCCCCUACUGGCAGUCUCUUGAAGACGCAAUCACGCGCGUUAUCAGCGCAGCUUCUCGCUGCAGAAGACUUGACGCCUCUUAGUACACCAAUGAUCAUAGAGGAGGGGUAUAGCGUGAGUCAGUCAGAGGUUUUGGCUCUGUUGUGUCGUUUAGCCGAUGAGCUGUUAUUCCGACAGAUCGUCUGGAUAAAGCGUUUGCCCUUCUACAGCGAUCUGACCAUCAAAGACUGCACACGUUUACUGGGUGCUUCAUGGCACCAGCUCAUCCUCCUCUCCUCCCUCACGCUGCACAGCAAACAGAUACUGGGAGAACUGGCCAAUAUCACACACCAGUACACGCCAUCUAGUCUGAUGCGACAGGGGUUUGGUGAGGAUUCCAUGGAAGUCACGGAGAGCUUAAAUUUCCUCUUCCGCAAGUUUCAUCAACUGAACAUCAGCAAUGUGGAGUACUGCUGUUUGAAGACCAUCAUGUUCCUCAACCGGGAUACAGUAGGAUUGUGCAACACACCCACGCUGGAACAGCUGAGUGAACGUUAUUGGUCUGUGUGCCGUGACCUGACAGAAAGACUCCACCCCCACCGGCCCAAACACUUCAGUGACAUCAUCACGUGCCUUUCUGAGAUCCGCCACAUCUCAGGAAAGAUGAUGUCACUUCCUCUUGAGCAGCUUCCACUGCUGUUUAAGGCGGUACUGUACUCCUGCGCAACCAAUCAAAACCCCUGGCUAGCCAACAGAUCCACCUCAAGGACAUAAGCCACGCCUCCUGCCAGUCUAUGAAUACCUAUUUUUUAUUAUUGUGUGUUGUUGUUUGUUACCAAAUGUAUUUAUGACAUGACAACGUUGAAUGUAAAACUCCUGAUUAGUGUGGUCGGUGUUCACGAACUUUACCAAAUGUAGCAAUCUACCAAAGUAGACGUCGAGGCGGAAAACACAAUAUCCAGCUACUUCUGAAAAAUUGACAUCAUACAACAUUUCCUCAAGUUCAACGAAAAUGACUGUGGUAAACUUUAGAUGAACCUGUAAGAUUGAUAUUUGUACUAUGAAUGGUUCAUAAGUGUUCGUUCUGUUGAGACCACAGUUUGUGUUUAAGUCAAAAUAAUUUGACUUGGUAGCUUUUGAUUUGCGGACUUUGGUAGUCAGAAUAAUUCGACUUGGUAGCUUUUGAGAUGUGGACUAGUUUUGAGCCAGUUGCCGGGUUGACAAGAAAUGCAAUAAGCACACUCUUUGGCCCAGGUGUGUACGUUACAUACAGUAUGUGAUUUCUCUCAAGUUUCUUUCGUACAUGAGAUGUGAAUGCUUGAACAGGGUUCUAUGUGUUUUGUAUUUAGGCAUAGUUGUAGUUUUGUUAGCAUUUUAAUCAUUAUUUUAUGGUUUCGGGAAAUUGAAAAUGUUUUGCUUUACAUUAAGUAUAUUGUUGUUUAGUUACUGAAAGUGGCCAGGUUACGACUUCAUCGUAUUGUCCUGACGAACAUUCCAAACAUGACCUACGAAAAUAUCAAAUCAGAAAUGUAUGCGAUUGUAACCUUCCAUUCCUUCAAAGUUUACAUUUCUGCUUUUCACCACAGCAAGAGACAGUGAGAGAGUUGGAGUACAGAGAAACGCUCGCCAAUAGCAGCGAAGAUCGCUCUGAUAGUUGGGGGGUUUAUCGUUUUCUUUGUGCUAUUUUCUCUCUCUGUUUUGUUUCGGUCAGAGGCCUUGAAGUGACGACAGGCGGCAUACAGGCUGUACCUCUCGACUGUCUGUCUUCCGUUUAUUUUCAUUGUUGAUCUGUUUAUCAUUGUAUGUUUUUUAUUCAGUGUUUGCUUGAUUGUUGUACAAUAAAAACGUUUCGAUUUCAUUU